AUGGACUUUUCUCACCAAUAUUUCGCGCAAGCGCAGCCUUACCAGUUCAUGGGCAUUCCGCCCCUAACGCCAUCCCAUUCCAACUCGGCAGGUUCAGACGACUUCAAUACAACAUCUCCACCGCGUACUGCGACCUGCACUUACACAACCAUGACCGAUCAGGAUGUCUAUGGCGAAUAUCCCAGUGACCAGCAGCACUUCAAUAACUUUGAUAACUACGGUGCCGCCCAGUUCAAUCCCCAGCACACAUCAUUCCCCGGUCCUCCUGGCCCUCCGACACCCCCGAACCAUGGCCUACCCGUGCAGCAACCCGUACAGCAGCAACGGCCGCAACACAAUGGGAUGAGCGCUCCCCCGGUCCAGCAGAUCAAGGCUCAGCCCGAUGCUCUCAUUCACAAGCAGGAGCCCCUCGACGACCAUUCUCGCCGGGGGCAGUCAAAUUCGGACGAUGAAGAAAAUAUGACGCCCGCCCAGUCGAGGAGGAAAGCACAGAACCGCGCCGCGCAGCGAGCAUUUCGGGAACGAAAAGAGAGACACGUCAAGGACCUGGAGGCCAAGCUUGCGAACCUAGAGGCGGAAGCUCAGCAAAAGUCGACUGAAAAUGAACGACUCAAGCGUGAGAUGCAGAAGAUUAGCACCGAAAACGAGAUCCUCCGCGCCACCUCUUCCUUGAACGGCCACCACAGCUCGGCAUCACCAGAGCCCCGGACAACAGGUCCCAUGAACUACAAUCCGAAAGACUUCUACACAGACCUGCUAGCGCCGCAUAAUAACAAGACACCGAGUCAUCGAGUUGCCAUCUCAUCAGACGGAGAGCGGUUGCUGGCGGCGGGCGCUACGUGGGACUUCAUUAUCAGCCACCCGUUAUUUAAGAGAGGUCUGGUGGAUGUCGGUGACGUGAGUGAAAGACUCAAGAACCAAGCGCGGUGCGACGGUCAGGGGCCCGUCUUUUCGGAGCGCUGCAUUAUCGACGCCAUCGAAGGCAGCGUUGCGAGCGGGAGUGACGAGCUGCUCUAG